AUGAACAGUGCAGUGGUAAUUAUAUUAUUGCUGUGGAAACAGGCUGUGGUAGAAAGCAUUCGUAUCCUUGACCUUCGAGUGCCAGGCCAUGCUGCCGAGGGAGGUCAGGCUUUGCUGGGAUGUCAAUUUGACCUGGAAGGAGACGACCUCUACUCCGUCAAGUGGUAUAAAGAUGGCAGGGAGUUUUAUCGAUAUGUGCCUUCAAGCAGCGAACAAACGAGCUACUUUCAAAUGCCAGGAGUUUUUGUUGAUAUAUCCAGGUCAUCCAGCUCGGUUGUUACUCUUGAACACCUAACGAGGGAUUCAAGCGGCGUUUACCGUUGCGAAGUCUCCGGCGAAGCGCCUUACUUCAUGACUGUUGCUGAUGAAAAAAUUAUUGAUAUACAACUUUUGCCAAACAAUAUGCCGCGAAUGAUAGGACUUAAAAAUGAAAUGAAAGUUGGAGAUUUACUCGAUAUAAACUGCACAUCAACAAGAGCUCGUCCAAAGUCACAAAUUAAAUGGUUAAUCAAUGACUUACCAGCCCCAAAUAAUAUGUUACGAGGACCAUGGGACAAAACGUCAAAAGAGCGCUCUGAUGCUCAGGACACAACGUUAGGACUAAGUUUCGUAGUGCAACCGAACCACUUUCGGAAAGGAGAAAUAAAACUUAAGUGCCAAGUAUCUCUCGCUCCACUUUAUCAACAAGAAGUCGUUCAUCAUAUAUUGCAAGUAGAAGAACCUGCACGAACAGACAACACUUACAGUGUAAUGGAUAACUAUGAAGAGAGCGUGAUUCAUGAAAAUAUUGACUUCUUGUCGACUGCCGAAUCCCAAAAAGAUGAAGAUGUUCAAGAAAAUAAAUCAACGUCGAAAAUCUCAUCAUGGGCAAUACUACCAUCCACAUUUAUUUUACUGUUAUUGAUCUAAUGUCGACGAAAAAUUCUAUUUGCAUUUUGUUCUUAAUGUUAAGAAAAAUAAAAAAUGCUUUUUAAAGACAAAGGGAUCAUACCUAUAAGAGUAAUGGCUCUUGUACAUUUGUGA